AUGGCGUAUGGGUCAGCUGCCUCACCUCUUGUCUCGAACAGCAGCACCAUUCGGUGGAUGGUCCAAGAUACUCUUCAGUGCUCGCGUCUUGAGGUAAACAAUAUGGAAGACAUCCGAGGCCAUCUACAUGGCAUAUGCAAGCUGCGUCUCUCCAACGGCUCUCGACUAGUCCUGAAACUCAGUCCCUCGCCCAAUACAGCUCUUCUCCGGCAUGAGCGAUACUUUCUCGAAUCAGAGGCUACUAUUCUUUCCCUUCUCAAAAAAAGCUGCCUACCAAUACCACGAAUAUUGAGAUACGAUCCAAGGAGUAUCCAACUCGGUUCGCCCUUCCUCCUCAACACCCAUGUUCCAGGGAUUUCGUAUGCAGAUGCCUUGCCACAUCUCACAAACCCUGAGUGCAGAGACAUCGAGCUGCAGCUUCGAUCUCUUGGUUCCACCAUCAAUCAGCACACAUCACCUACAUUUGGACCCGCGGCUCUUGUCGCCUCGAACAGAGGAUUUUCAACUUGGCGGGAAUCAUUCAAGUCAAUGUUUGAAUCUAUUAUGAUGGACGCAGAGGACAUGACGAUCAACCUACCUUACCAUGGGAUCCGGGAAGCGGCAUCUUCAGUGGCAAAGGACUUGCAUGACGUCAAGGAAGCCAGACUUGUAGUCUUGGGAUUGGGUCGACCGCAGAACGUGCUUCUUGAUCGAAGAAGUAAAGACGUUAUAGGUCUCUUGGACUUUGGUCAGACAAUCUGGGGCGAUACCGCCUUUUCAGAACCUGAAUCAUGCUGUGACCGAAAAGGUUUACUGUAUAUAUGCUACCACGCAGUUGUCACGAUUGUUACAAACCAUUAUAGACCGCAGAGAGAUGCAAAGGAAUUGGACGCCAGGAAGACUCUGACUACGACUCUUGCACAGUUGGCCGUGAGGAACGAAGGUGGCUGA